AUGAAAUCAAAGCUCUCUAGACAAAGGACAAGUUCCUUGGCCCAACAGUCGAACACUUCGCUUCUUCGAAGCUCUCAGUUGAGAAUCCUCUCUCGCCUAGCAAGUUCUCUCCUUCAACUCUUCGAAGUGCUCUCAGCAUCAACAAAUCGCUCAUACUAUGGCUCUUCUACAACAAUCUUCGCUUUUCCCUUUCUACUGUCCUGGGCACCCUCUUUCUUCUUUUCCUUCUCAGCUUUCUCUUUUACCUUCUUUUUCUUUUCAGCUGGCUGUUUGGACAAAGCCUUUCUCUUCCUAGGUGAUUUUCUUGUAGGCACUGGGGCUGCUUCUUCCUCUUGCUCGCUCUGGAACUCCUCAUUCUCUUCCUCAAUUCCUUAUGUAUUGUUAGCCCCACUUGGCUCAUCCACCUUGUCAAAACCCAUUAAUAUCCGCUCAUUCUCAGAUAGGGUACACACAAACUCCUCCACCACCUGCCGUGUUUCAGGAGAGAAGGUCGGAGCUUCGUCUUCGUUCCUUUCUUCAAGCAGUGCUUCCUCGUUUACAACAGGCUGCUCUUUUGUGAGGAUUUCUUCCUCUGGGGUUACUCGCUCUUCCUCUACAAUGGGUUCUGGAGGCAGCUUUACUUUGGCAGGUUUUUGCCUCCUUUUUGCUGGUCUUUUCUUCUUUGGAGAAGAGUGUUGGGUUUUAUGCCUUAAACUCGUGGUCGUUCGUGUGGAGACAUACGAGUGAGGGUAUCAUAUACGA